AAUUAAUAAAGUAAAAUGAUACGACAUAUAAUGAUAAGAGGGAAAAAUAUACCUUUUAUAAAGGGAGAGAAUGUUUUGAUUGAUCAUUUUAAUAAGGUGGAGAAGGCUAAGAAGUUUUAAAAUUAUAUAAACUCUUGGGAAUAAUCGAGUGUUGAAGUGAGGUAAAUAGAGGUAUCUUAUGUGUACAUGUUUGGAUAAAAUGUUGGUUUUUUAAAUUUGAUAGUGGAUGCAUAUUUGAAUGGAAUAAAGUUACCAGGGUUUGUAUUUUUGAGAGGAGAUGCUGUGGCAAUUUUGUUGUUGGUGAAUAAGAAGAUGAUUUUGACUUAGUAAUUUCGAGUGCCUGUAGGUAAAUUUACAAUAGAAGCUCCUGCUGGUAUGAUGGAUGAAUAAGGAGAUUUUGGAGGAGUGGCUGCAAAGGAAAUAAAGGAGGAAACUGGUAUUAGCAUACAACAUAAUGAAAUGAAAUACUUAUAGGAUAUUUUAGUAUCACCAGGAGGAAGUGAUGAAGUAAUUCAUCUGUUUGUAGUGGAGAAGUAAAUGGAUGAAACAUAAUUAUAAGAGUUAUGUUAGAAAACACAUGGAGAAGAAGGAGAAGGAGAACAAAUUAAAUUAUUGAUUUAAGAUUAUACAUGGGAAAAUGUAUUAAAGACUUAGGAUUCCAAAUUGAUAGCAGCAGCUGCAGCAUAUAAUCAUAAAAAAUGAUAUUAAAAUAUAUCAA